AAAGACAUUCAGUGGAACUUCUGUCACACAACUUUUUGAUUAAUAUUCGGUCCGGUCGCAUCAAAUUUUGUGUGUACAAGUUUUUCUAGUGUUUACUGAUGUGUUUUAUUGUUUACUAAAUAAUAACGAAAAACAACUGUGUUCUACAAAUAUCUGCCAUGAAAUUAUAAUGAAACCCCACUCGAGACGACGCGAUAUUACCAAUGGUUAUCAUCUAGUCCAUAGUCCUUCAGUUGCUCUUCACGACAAUAAUGUCUGAGAUUCUGGCCAUACGCCUUUUGAGACGCUACAAGCCCUUCUUUCUCGUGGGCUUCCUCAUACUCUGCAUUCAAAUAUUUCUUGCCUACAAGUCGUUACGGAUACCUCAGCUUGCCCGGCAGCAUGACGGCAAGUCAAAAAGUCUAAUGGAUAUCGGAUCGAAGAAUUCCAGGAACUACAAUUCGGUGGCGGAUGACGAGGAUGCGAAUAAUAGUAAUUUGAACGCCGUUGCCAGGGGUAGACAGAAAUCUGGGGCGCCAGUUGCACUUGAUGCGAAUGCCCUUGGCUUCCAAGCAAGCUGCGAAAUCACCGACAAUCAAGCGGUUUCCGCGUUGCAACGUGCAAAAACUAAGGAUUGUAGGAGGCGAAUAGCGGACAUAAGAUGCAGCAUACAACGCGGAGAAUUUUAUGCAAGUCGACUGCCAAACUAUUGCCCGGCGGGGAAUCAUGUAGCCGGCCGAUCGCUGGGUUGCUAUAAAGAUGAGAAGGAGUUCCGACUGCUCACUGGAUACUACAUAAAUUUCAAGACCAAUAACUCGCCUCGGAAGUGUAUAUAUUUGUGCCUUCAGUCAGGAUUUCCUUAUGCUGGAGUACAACAUGGAACUGAAUGCUUUUGCGGCAAUGAUGAGCCCAAGUCAUCUGCAAAAUUACCAGAUCCGAGUUGUAAUAUGAAAUGUUCAGGAGAUUCGAAGGAGUCUUGUGGUGGAUAUUUCACAAUGAACGUUUUUGAGACUGGAAUAGCAAGAUUUCGGCCUCAACCUGCAGAAACCGUUGCUCCAAUGGGUGCCGAGCCCGUGCGCGUUGCAUUUUUGCUUACACUAAAUGGUCGUGCCUUGCGUCAAGUUCACCGACUAAUCAAAGCACUUUAUUCGCCUAAUCAUUUCUUCUAUAUACACGUUGAUUCGCGUCAGGAUUAUCUUUAUCGCGAGCUGCUCAAUCUGGAGGCUAGUUUCCCAAAUAUCCGCCUUGCUCGCCGUCGUUUCUCGACGAUUUGGGGUGGCGCUUCUUUGCUCACAAUGCUUUUACAGUGCAUGCGCGAUUUAUUUGCCUCAGAUUGGCAGUGGGACUUUGUCAUUAACCUGAGCGAAAGUGAUUUCCCAGUGAAAACAACCGAGCGUCUCAUUAAAUUUCUAACAGCCAACCGUGGUCGCAAUUUUGUCAAGUGUCACGGUAAGGAAACACAAAGAUUCAUUCAAAAACAAGGAUUAGACAAGACAUUCGUUGAAUGUGAAAAUCAUAUGUGGCGAAUUUCGGAUCGUGAAUUGCCAGACGGGAUUCAAUUUGACGGAGGAAGUGAUUGGGUUGGAUUAUCACGCAACUUUGUUGAGUAUUUAACAAAGCCUGAUCAGGAUGAGAUGUUGGCUGGAUUGCUGAAAGUUUAUCAACACACUUUACUGCCAGCAGAGUCUUUUUUUCAUACCGUUUUACGAAAUUCAAAAUUUUGCGGAACGUAUGUAGACAAUAAUUUGCAUAUAACGAAUUGGAAUAGACGUUUAGGAUGUAAAUGCCAAUAUAAGCACAUCGUCGAUUGGUGUGGAUGCAGCCCAAAUGAUUUUAAAUCUGAAGACUGGUCGAGAAUUAUGGGAACCGAACAUAAAUAUCUUUUUUUCGCUCGAAAGUUCGAAGCAAUAAUUAACCAAGCAAUAAUACUACAAAUAGAAGAAUGGCUUUUUGGACCAUACACAAGCGAUUAUGCAAAUUUGAAUGCAUAUUGGCAAAAUGUAUAUCACCAUCAAGACCGAAGCCCACCUCCGGAUGAUGUUGCUUUGACGAUAUCAAACAGUUUGAUGAGACUGAUAGGCAACUCCAAUAAUUUCGAACCUCUGGAUUUGAAGGAAAUUACUAACUUCAAGCUCAAUGACGAAUACGAAGGAUUUAUCUUACGUUACACAGCAUUUUAUGAAAACACAACGAUCGAAUUAGAGACUCGGAUACGUCCAAACCACACAUGGCAGGCUUCUCGGAGUUCAGCUAUAUCAAAACGUAUUAUCAACUUCGAAGUGAGCACGGAUUUCGAUCAGAAAGAACAGAUUACGCGCAACUUUCCGAAAUUUAUGGGUCCAACAUCAGAGCCGGUACUGACCUUCCGUUUCACUGGGCUGCAGCAAAACCAUUCAUAUAAUUUGUCCGUACUUUGGGUAGAUCCAAACGGACAACUUCAAGAUUUCAACGAGUUGCACAUUGAAGACAGCCAAUCGGAGACUAUUAAUUUUUCGAAAUCAAAUCUUAAACGUCCCCUGACACCGGGAAUGUGGACUGUGAAACUUAUCAGCAAAACUCAGAUUCAUGCACAAACGAAAUUUCUCGUGACACCGUUGAGUGUUGACGGCAACAAACCAAUUCGCAGGAAUCGCGCGAAAGUUCUAAAUGCCGGAUCACGGAAUGACAUCUCCUAUCCGAAAAGCUGGCGGCAAUAUUUACUAUCGGACAAGGAUACGGAGCGUCUGAAAGAACUUGCUAGUUCUAACUCUAAGAAAUACGAUGAGAGUCUUUUCGAGUGGAUAGAUAGUCUGGUUUCGAAAUUCUUUUUAAUCCGCGGGACGUGCAGUAUCCAUGGACUCGAUGACAGGAGCAAUAGGUUUGCAAAUUGUAGAGACACAUAUUGGAGCUCUUUGGCUCCAGAUCCGAAGAGUGAUGUUUAUUCUUUAUUGAGUGUGCGACGGAGGUGAAAUUUGUAUAUUUUAUAGAUAUUUUCCGGAAAUUUUGAAUAUUUCUUGUAUAUAAUUUUUUGCAUACACGAAUUCAGAGCUGCUUUCUGUUACUCGUAAAAACUUCAUCUUCCAUUCUUGCAUUUCUUUAUAUUGGCAUAAGCACAUUACUUGUAAGUAGAUAUUGAUAAGACUCAUUAUCCAAAGAUUAUGAAAGCAUUCGAGUCAUGUGUAAAUAAUGAUAUAAUUUCAAUAAUAGUAAUUUGUAAUAAAGUGUGGCAUUUACCCUCAAAGCAAGGGUACCUUAUUGUAUUUAAUGUGAACGAAAAGCUUAAGUCUGACGACAUAAUAAAACGAAAAAUGCAUGUUAAUAGGCAGAGUUUAUUGUAGCAUUUUACGGCAGGACACCUAAUCAGGAAUGCAUUUUGUGAUCUGUUUUGUGUUUUUAUAUUUCCGAAGAAAUAAUGUUGUACUUUUACAUGUACGUUUAAUUGGCUGUAAGGAAAAUUGGCAAAAUUUUGAUGUUUUGAAAUUUAAAUUUUAGAAAAAUGAAAAAUCUAAUCAAAAUAUUUCGUAAGGAAGCAGGGUCAAAAUUUAAACCUAUUUUAGACUUGGUAAACCGUAGCAACAUUUCUGUCAGGUACAGUACACCUAGUUAACCUUAAAUUAGAACUUAAUUGAGAAUCUAUUGGGCUUUUUUCAUGAAUAUAUUCUAAAAUAUUUGCUAUUUCUGCUUCGAUAUUGUUUUAAUGCUUCCACCUAAAACUGAAUUGCGAAAUCCUUUCUUCACCUGUUUGGAUCAUUUUGCACACAGAUUCAUCUAAUACUAAUUCUAGUGGACUUGCUCACUUCUACCAGAAACUCUACUCUCUGUCUUAAUGCUUUCGCAACACAGCGCAGAAAACGUGUUUUUGAUGUUAUAUGUUUUGAUAAUAACUGAAUGUGAUGUACUAAAUUUAAUUAUAAUACACCUUUAAUGUAUUCUCUACACUGUCCAGUAUAUUCAUCUUAAAAUACUUUAAUCUACUUCUAACGAAUUUGAACUAGUAAUACUUCAAAGUGUUUCAAUAAAUAAUAACGCUUCAUGCUGCUGCGGAGAUAAAAUUUAAAGAUAAAUUGGAAAUUCUAUUAUAUUUUGAAUAUGUAUUUAUAGGCUUAGGGAGAACAUAAGAAACCAUGUAUUGCCAUAAUGCGUAUUGUAUGAAGAAAAGAUUGUUAUGUAAAUAAUGUAAUAUAUAAACAUUUGAAAAAGAAAAUAAAUAUUUAUUUUGUAAGAACUGA